CUGCCGUUAAACUGGAAGAAGAAGAGGAGUUGGCAACACUGCUCGGUUUGGAUGUUUGGCGCGAACCUAUAAAUGGCGAGAAGAAGACGCUAAAGACCGGAGGUUUCGUCUUUUAAAAUUAAAAUUCACAGUGUUGUGGGAAACAGGUUAAACAUGUUAGACGGUGGACAGUUUGUGGAGGCCCUAGGCCGCCUGGGUUAUCCUGGUUCAUCAUCACUGAAGGCCUCAGAGUUCGACUGGCUCUUUGACUGUGCUCCGGAGAACCUUCACUUCUUGCGGUUUGUCUGUCGGACUCUCAACCAGAGCAACGUCCUCACCCCAGAGGAGGCACGUGCCUUUCAGGAGCUACAAAAUUCCGGCAAACCAAUUUUAGAUGAAACCGCCUUGAGUGAAGUUCUUAAAACCAUUGGAAAUUCACAUGGGAGCAGUGGUAAGAUCUUGGGGUCAUCCUCUUCAUCAUCUAUGUUUGCGGCAGAGGAGACUUUCCCUAUAGAGGACUUGGAGGCAGAGCUCCAGGCCCUGCGUAAAGAGAAAGAAUUGAAGCAGCGACGUUAUAACAAGCUGCAGGUUGUCGCCACUUCCCGUGCAGAUGUUGACCUGCGACUCACUGCAGAGCUGGAGAGCACUUCAUGUAAGCUCAACGAGGCCAACUCUUCUAUUGGAGCUGAGAAUGCUGACACCAACACACUGUUACAAACCCUAACAGAUGAGGUCAGCAAUCUUGCAUCAUAUUUUCCAGUUCAGCCAGAAGCCAAACCAAAGGGAAAAGACCCUCCUGUUUCCCAGAAGCCCACUUUUCUCCUCUCUCAGCUUCCCUUGGAUCCAUACCUGCAUCAGGAGGAGCUCAACACUAAAGCCCUUGCUGCCUUCACACAGAAACAUUUUUUCCAGGGCAUAUCAGCCAUUGUUGAGAGUUCCUGUUCUGAGCGUUUCCAGGUCCUUGACCUCAGUUCUUGUGAUGAUGGAAAAGAGGAGGAGACUGGGCACGAGGGAGAGGAGCGGCUGGUCGAUCGCAGGAGGACUGAGGUGGCCAGACUUCAGUGGUCUCAUAUUGUUGCUCAGCACCAACUGAUGCAGGCUAUGGCUGAGGAGAAGAGCGUCAGGGCUGGACUAGACUGGCUGUCAGACAAGUCUUCUCAUACUAAGAGCAUUUCCACCUCCUCCUCACUACAUGUGCGUGAGGUUGUGUCCAGAAAGGAGCUGCAGGCUGUGGAAGCGGAGCUGGAAGCUCUGCUUCAUGGACCAGUACCUGCUGCCCUGAGGGAGUCAGCCAGACUGCUUAAUUUACCAGUAGUGAGGGGAGACCUGGCUUUGCAAGUGGCCAGGCAGGACUACUACACCUCCAGACAGAAUCAGGUACGAGACUACUUGCUCCGUCAGAAAGCCUCUUUUGACUUGCUCCUACUGGCUCAGGAGAUGGAGUUAAGAAGGUGGAAGAUGUGUCAGAAGCACCUGUGUGAUGUUAAAGGCAAGCUGAAAAAGGAAGGUGAAGAAGUGUCUCUCCGGAUCAAGUCUCUGGCACAUCCUGACCUGAUAAUUAACCCUAAACCCAACCCUAUCAUCAGCUCUAAAGAUGCAGCUUUCAGCAGACUCCUUCAGAUGCUUGACUAUGAUUCAGCCCACAGUCGAUCAGAGCCUUUUCGAACAUAUGAAGCGUUGGACCAAGCUGCUAGUAAUCUAGCAAACAACCUCCAUUUGAUCAAAGAUGCUCUGGCUGGCGCUGGCCGUGAGCAGUGUUUCACAGCAGCUCGUCUUUAUGGCGACUGUGAGUCGCUCCACAGGGCCUUGUACACUGAAUUCCAGCAGCUGGUUUUGGGCCCGCAGGUACGUCUAACUGAGCAGGAGCUCCUUUGCCCCAGUGCACAGGAGCUCACAGCGAAGCUCAUGGAAGCAGAGUCUCAGCUGCAGAGUUUACAUCAACUAAUGCAAGAAAUUCUGGGAGAAAUUAAAACCAAGCGUUCUCAGCUGGAGCGUAAUGCCCUCCUCAGGCGGGAGAGGGAAUUGUACAUCUACUUUCACUUGGAUGCCCGACUGCUGCAGAAAAUAGUUGAAGAUCUGGAAAGGAAAAUGUCUGCAAAGAGAGGGCAGCAGUAAAACGUCAGAGAUUAUUUACAGGCGGCUCAGGCACUCUCCGUGCUUGAGCUGAAAAAACAAAAAUUAUCUUUGCUGAUAAUCUAGUUUCAUCUUUUUGUGUUGGAGAUGGAGCUGUUUAUAUGGGAUUCAUUUGAAUGUGUUUAAGUCAUGUAAACAUUCAUAAGUGAAAAGCAUCCAUGAUUGUG